AUGAUUAUAAUCAUCUAUUUACUUAUUCAAUAUGUUCUCGAUGAACGACAAUUAUUUAAACUUAAAUAUACCUUUUAUGUUACUAUAGUCAUGUUAGUUGCCAUUAUAGUACAACCUAUAUUUGUUCUACGACCACGCAAUCCAUUAAACAUACGUCUAGCAUCUAUCGUAUUGAAUCCAAUAUUUCGUUUAUUAAAUUUAAAAUAUCGUGUUGAAAAUGCUCAAGUAUUAGAUGACGAUAAAACUUGUAUUAUUGUUGCAAAUCAUCAAUCAUCUAUAGAUUUUAUUGGCAUGAUGCAUAUUUGGUCAGAACAUAUUCGAUAUUGUACAAUUUUAGCAAAAAAAGAAUUAAUUUGGGUUGGACCAUUUGGUAUAACAUCAUGGUUAGCUGGUGUAGAAUUUAUUGAUAGAAAAAAUCGUCAACAAUCAAGUGAAACAAUGUCUUAUAUAAUGAAAAAAAUUCAAAAUAAAUCACUUCGAUUAUGGAUUUUUCCUGAAGGAACACGAAAUAUGAAUGAAACAUUUCUUCCAUUUAAACUUGGUGCUUUUCGUUUGGCUAUUGAAGCACAAGUACCAAUUGUACCGAUUGUUUUUUCAUCUUACAAGUCAAUAUAUAAUGCAGACAAAUCGAAUAAUACUUAUUAUUGGCGUCCCGGUUGUAUAACUAUCAAAUGUCUUGAACCAAUCAAUACGACAGGUAUGACACUUGAAAAUGAUCUUCAACGAUUAACUGAAAUGACUCGAAAACGUAUGCUUGAUGAAUAUCUAACAAUUCAGACAACUAUGGACGAAGACAAAAAGGGCAAAUGA